AUAACUUGUUGCUGACAAAAGAAGCAAAAGAAAAAGUCAAGAAAAUAGAAGGUGGGCUUCCGUAAAACAACUAAGAGGCAGAGAUCUGAAAAUGGAGGCCAUAGGGAUCACAAGAUUAUGCCACCGGAAUCUCCUUCCCACUUCAAACCCCUCUCUCACUUCCACAUUUAUCUCUAGUUUUGUUAUUGGUCGCACCUCCUCCCACAAUUAUAACAGAAACUUCCCCAAAUUUUUGGUUUCUGCAACUAUGGAAUCUUCCUUCAAGCCUGAGGAAGCUAGGGUUCCUGUAGAGCUUCCUUUGCCUGCUCCUCCCGUCACCAAGUUCAAGAUUGCUCUUUGCCAGUUAUCUGUAACUACCGACAAGGAGAGAAAUAUUGUUCAUGCUCAGAGGGCAAUAGAAGAUGCUGCAGACAAGGGUGCUCAACUUAUUCUUCUCCCUGAAAUAUGGAAUAGUCCAUAUUCCAAUGAUAGUUUUCCAGUAUAUGCAGAGGACAUUGAUGCUGGCGGAGAUGCAUCUCCUUCAACUAGAAUGUUAUCUGAAGUUUCUCGGAGUCGAAAGAUUACAAUUAUUGGUGGCUCUAUACCUGAACGCAGCGGUGACAAAUUAUAUAACAGUUGUUGUGUUUUUGGCAAAGAUGGAAAGCUUUUGGCCAAGCAUAGGAAGAUACAUCUCUUUGACAUUGACAUUCCAGGAAAGAUGACUUUUAAAGAAUCAAGGACCCUAACAGCUGGAGAGAGACCUACUAUUGUAGACACAGAGGUUGGACGCAUUGGUAUUGGUAUAUGCUAUGAUAUUCGCUUCCAAGAACUGGCGGCUAUCUAUGCUGCAAGAGGUGCUCAUCUGCUUUGUUAUCCUGGUGCCUUUAACAUGACCACCGGUCCGCUGCAUUGGGAAUUGUUGCAACGGGCGAGGGCUGCUGAUUGCCAGUUGUAUGUAGCAACUUGUUCUCCUGCCAGAGAUGGUGGUUCUAGUUAUGUAGCUUGGGGACACUCUACUCUUGUUGGACCGUUUGGAGAAGUGCUUAUGACAACAGAACAUGAGGAGACUACACUAGUAGCAGAGAUUGACUAUUCAGUAAUUGAGCAGAGAAGAACAUACCUUCCAUUUCAAAAACAAAGGCGGGGAGAUUUGUACCAGUUAGUUGAUGUUGAAAGAUUGACAUGCAAAGGAGCCAAAUGAGGUGCAUUCUAUAUUGCAUGGGGAUGGAAUAAUCUAGAAUUGAUCAGUGAUAAAAGAGUGGUCUAUUGAAAGGCUAAAACGUGACAAUUGCGUAUUUGUGCUUACAUUGAUCUCUGCUCAAUUAUAUGGCUCAUUUUUCCCAAGUCCAAAUUUCGCCUGGACUGAUGCACCAUUGUGAUGUGUGUGAAACUGCAAUAAAGGCUCUUUUUGUUUUUGAUUUCAUUUCUUUUGAACAUUGAAAAAUUCCGUAUUG